AUGACCGAAGCGCGGCCCAAGACCCGCGUUACAAUGGACGCCCCGACACAAUCAGGGGCUCUUGGAGCUUCCACCGGUCUGGACGCCAUCGGUCGCUCCAGUCACGAGUCAACUCAAAUUAUCCGCGAAACCCUUUGUACCUUCAUUCAAUGCACCCACUUUUGUACCAGGUUCUAUGAAGAUGCCACGAAUGGAAAACAAUAG